AUGGCUGGCUUUCCUCAUCCGGGAUUCGGGAAUUCUGGGAAGUGUUUUCUGAUAGAGAACCUGCUGCGUUCGCCUGCGCCAGGUGUUCGUCCCGAGAGAUGCUUCCCGGCUCAGCUGGGGCUGAUGCUGAAGGACAGGUGUGUUUCUCAGGACGGGGAACGAGAGGGCGUGGGGUCUGUGCUGUGGAGUCCAGCGCUGAGCUCCAGGUCUCAGCCGGGAAUCCUGCGGCGGGCUGUGUUUUCUGAGGAACAGAGACGAGAGCUGGAGAGAACCUUCCGCAAGCAGAAAUACAUCAGCAAGACCGAGCGCAACCGACUGGCCACCGACCUCUGUCUGAAAGAGACGCAGGUGAAGAUCUGGUUCCAGAACCGCAGGAUGAAGUGGAGGAACUCCAGAGAGAAGGAGAGCACAUACACACGACCGCCGAUGGAGCGACUGAUACGCUGGAGCCAAUCUGAACCGGCGGACAAAACACACACGCCAGCACAGACCAAACACACUCACACUCACACACACUCACCGGUGCACAGCACAAACGCUGAGACCAGAUGACACAUCAGAGGAAAGAACAGACUGUUGAUGCGAAACAGCUGGAAAAGAUUUCUACGCAAAAACUGCAAAUAUCUAGGAAUUUUACAGUUGUGAUUUA